UUUUGCUUGAUUUCGUGUUAUUCGUGUGCGAAGUGUUCUUAAUUUUUGAUGUAACUCUAAAAAUAUGUAAAUAGUAAUACUAAGAAAAUAAGUUAAAAGAAAUUGUUUUACCGGGUGGACUGAAUUCGUAACAAAACCCCAGCACAUUGAGCAAUUUAAAAACGGAUCCGAAAAAAACCAGUGGAGGUGACACCUCAAUAAGCGUUUCAACGGAACGGACGCUUCAGAGGGGAUAAUGUCAAACCAGGCGCAGAUCGACUACGACAAGCAGUUCCAGGAUGACCUGGCCAAGGCGACCGCUUUGAGUCUGGAGCAGCAUGCACUCGACGAUUAUCGGAGGAAUAAGAAGUACGGCUCUGGCUAUCCGCAGAGCAGCUCUCUAGCUGGCCGGGAUUACCAGUCGGCGCAGCGUAGUCAGAGCAUUAAUCAGGCGCGACGGCACUCGGAAGUGCAUCAGGCGGCUAUCAAUUUGGGAAAUGUGGAACGAUCGCGUACGCCGCCGGCUCAGGGGUCGGAUAACGACCUGAUCUGCUUCGCAAGUCCCACCAGUAAGCAGCCGGAGAGUAGUACCCCCUUUGGCAAACUGAUCGAGGAUUUGCAGCGAAUGCAACCAACCAAUCCGCAGUCGGCUCUCGUGCCCAUGGGACUAGGGGCAGCGGCAUCGGCUCCGGCUCAUUACGGCUAUCCUCCUCAGCAGCAACAGACGGUUCCGGUCCAACCACCACCGUAUGGCAUGGUGGCAGGAGGAGGAGCCGGAGCAGGAGCGGGAGCUUACGGUGACCUGCAGUUGGUUCCUUUCCAACCCCAACAACAGAGGCCCCUGAACAACGAGGAGCUACAGCGGCUAUACAGCAUGCCCGCUCAAAUGGCCGUGGCCCCGGUGCCGCAGCCCAACGCCUAUUUGUAUUACCCGGGAGCAGUGGUAACGCCUUACACAGCGCCCAUAGUCCCCGGAUCGGCUGCUUUUAUGCCGCCGCAUUAUCCUGCACAGGGAUAUGGCUUUGGAGGUGCUUACACACACAUGGAUUUGCGGCGACCCCAAUCGCAACCAACUCAUCCACCACCGCCAACGAUUCAUCACAGCCAUCCGUCCAAUCAUUCCGUUCCCUCCUCCUCGGUGGAGGCCAAUGGAGUUGCAUUCCAGACUCGCCGCCAAGUACCCUCGACUGCGAGUGUCAGCUCUAGUGGCCACACUGGCAACAAUCCGUCUGGGCCACGCAGGGGAAACGAUUUGAUAGACCUCAAUCAGGAGGAUUACUCUCGUGUGAGUGUGCUGGAGGCAUUCGAUCCCCUGCUAAACGACAAUACUGGAAACGACAGCGCCUCCGACAGCACCUCUUACUAUGCGGAAUACGAUCCCUUUGACUUCCUGUACAGCGGCGAUGGAGGCACCCAAUAUUCAGAUCCCAUGUACGAGGCGGUCAACAGGUGGGACAAAAGUGCGGCCACUGUGAGUCCGACUGUGGGUCUGUUCGGAUGGCGGCAAGAAUUUCUAACGCAACCAUCAACAUCUUCAUCACAUCGCGGUGAUGCGCAACAGGAGGAGAGUUUAAAGCUUUCCGAGAAUGGAUCAGGAACCCCGCCUCCACCGUUGCCGCCAAGGAACCAGCAGCUCUACGAUUCCAACCAGGCACCCGUUCCUGCUUCGAAACCCCAUCAGCCUACUCUGUUGACAGACAGCUACACCUCCAGCAUUCCGGCAAAUAUAGUGCUGGAUCGACGGAAAACCUUUAAGCGUCUGUACGAGGUAAUCAGCGAGCAGCGCACGGACGAUCCCGAACUACUGGAGUUUUACCACAUGGUUAAGGAGGUCAGGGCACGCUAUCCGCACGACGAUGCGCCCACCAAUGUGGGCCAUGUGGUUGCUGCCGAGUUCAAUUACCACUACAUGAUGGACACAAGCAUCAAAAUAAUCGUGCAUCCGGCUCUGAACACCCUUCAAUCACACGUUCUGGCUUCUUCAAUGGCCAAGGAACAGGUGAAAGGGUAUGGAAUGCCUGUUACGUUCACCUGUGAUAUUGACUCGGUCGUGGCACAGGUGGUGGCCCAAGCGUUGGCCUCGUUGGAGGGUCAGGUCAAGGGCAGCGUCACAGAUUAUGUGGUUAAGCCCAUUGGUCUCCUGGAGUGGUUAGCACCUACCUCGAAACUUAGCCAGUUAGAGUGCGUGCACAACAGCUUCCAGUUGGAAAAGGAUGUGCACCUGGGCUUGUGCCUUAGUACGACGGCGAACAUGCAGGCGAUCGCACGAACCGAGCGGGAUGAUGAGCACGAUUCGGGUCUACUGCCGGAGCAGCUGGUGCCCAACGAGGUGGUGCCGACUGUGACCUACGAAGCCAUGAUGAUACUCAUCGAGACACUCGAGAUGGAGAUCGACAAGCUGGAAUCGGCGGCAGACGGAGUACCCGGACGAAGUGUGGUGAGCUGCUCCGGUGUGGUGCAGGCUGUAAAGGCCAUUUGCGCCCUUCUUGGCUCCAUCGAUACGAUGGAAAUUGCACGAUGUGUCACCGAUCUGAAACGCAUCUGCGAGGUGGAGCAAAAGAAGUUAUCGACGGGGGCCAGCAAUCCGGAGAUUGUCAGUGAUAACGGUGACUAUGCUCAAGUCGUCCUCCGUCCACGCUCGAUGCUAGAGCAGAUCAAGGUCAAGUGCAAUGAGUUGCGCGACGCCGUGCAAGAGCUGGUUGAGCUCUAUGCAAAUGUCUUCCGGGUGGCAUUCUCCGUGAGGACACCAGAUUACUCAACAACUCCCAUACCCAUCUCCUGCGUGUCCAAACCAAUUGUGGUCUGCAUUAGCUGUCUACAUAGACCGCCGCCAAACUGGAAGUACGACGAUUAUUCUCUUUGUGUCCAGAUAGUUUAUGGAACGCGCCUGCUGUCCAAGCCAAAUGUGCUGACCUGCUCCAACGAUACCAGUGGUGGCCUUUUCCCUCGUCUGAACUUUAGCGCCUGGCUGACCUUUGAUCAGCAUCCCAUCUGCACUUUGCCUAGGGAAGCCCGUAUAACUUUUGUGCUGUACGGCAAACAGGCGGCCAGUGAAGGCGAACCCAAUGCGGAACAGAAUGGGGAGAGGCGUCAAGUGACCACCGAGUUGGGUUGGUGCUCCAUCCAGCUGUUCGACUUCAAGCGAGUAAUGAUAUGCGGCCCCUACUUGCUGUCCUUGUGGCCCCCAACCACGGAUAAGAUGUUGGGCCCAGCUCCGGCGCGUGGCUGUCAUCCGCAUCCCGACUUUUGCCCUGUUCUUAGCAUUGAGGUGCCAUCGUAUGGAGGCCGCAUUGAGUUCCCAGAGCACCAAGAGAUACCCAAACCUGCACCACACUAUGACUUUGCCUCCCUGGAUGCCAAUCUGCAAGAGGAGCUACUGGACACAGCUGAGCUCGGUUACAGCGGCGCCACAGAACGACGUGAGGUGUUCUGGGAGAAACGUCUGUACUUGCAGAACUAUCCAAAUGCCCUGCCAAAAGUACUGCAUGCCGCCCACAGUUGGGAUUAUGCCAAUCUGAUCGAUUUGCAUGCCUUGCUUCACUCUUGGGCACCGCUGUCGCCACUGCAAUCGCUGGAGCUACUGUUGCCCCGCUAUCCUGACGCCAAAGUUCGCGAAAAGGCCGUGGAGUGGAUCUCAAGGAUGCCCAACGACCAGCUGGUGGACUUCCUGCCGCAAUUGGUGCAAAGUCUGAAACAUGACACAUAUGAAGGAUCGGCAAUGGCCCGAUUUCUGCUGUCCAAGUGCUUGGAGUCGCCACGCUUCGCCCACCACAUGUACUGGCUGUUGGUGCACAGUCUGCCAGAUGAUCCGCACAAUUCCAUCGGAGCCGCCAUGGUGGACCAGGAGUACGACGAGUCGCAGGUUACCCAGGCACGCUACUACCGUAGGAACAAAAUGAUGCUGCGUGCUCUGAUGGCCAUCUGUGGCGAGAAGAUGCUGCAGCGGUUCAUGUACCAGCAUCGCAUGUGUCAGAAACUUACUACUAUAGCGGAGUCUGUCAAAGAGGCUAAAGAGUCGAUGCGCCAAAAGAGUUUGGCAGCUGGAAUGGACGAAGUGCAUCAGGAUCUUCUGGAGAAGCCCACUUGUCUUCCUUUGGGACCUGAACUGGAGGUAACUGGAGUGAGUGUGCGCAAUUGCAGCUACUUUAACUCAAACACGUUGCCGCUGAAAAUCAACUUCGUGGGACCGGAUGCCGAGUCCUUACCAGCUAUCUUUAAGUGCGGGGAUGACUUACAGCAGGAUCAGUUGACUAUACAACUUAUUCGAAUUAUGAACAAAAUGUGGUUGGCCGAACGCUUAGACCUGAAAAUGGUCACCUUUAAUUGUGUUCCCACGGGAUAUAAGAGUGGAAUGAUUGAGCUGGUCAACGAGGCCGAAACGUUGCGAAAAAUCCAAGUGGAAUGCGGGCUCACGGGUUCCUUUAAAGACCGCCCAAUUGCCGAGUGGUUGGGCAAGCAGAACCCCAGUCCGUUGGAGUACCAGAGUGCAGUGCGAAACUUUACGUUAUCCUGUGCAGGAUAUAGCGUAGCCACAUAUGUCCUGGGCAUCUGCGAUCGGCACAAUGACAACAUCAUGUUAAAGACUUCGGGACACUUGUUCCAUAUUGACUUUGGCAAGUUCCUCGGCGAUGCCCAAAUGUUUGGCAACUUUAAGAGAGAUCGCACCCCAUUUGUCCUAACUUCCGAUAUGGCAUAUGUCAUUAAUGGCGGAGAUAAGCCGUCCACGGACUUCCACUAUUUUGUGGACCUUUGUUGUCGGGCCUUCAACAUUGUGCGGAAGAAUGCUGAUCUGCUGCUGCACACUUUGGCCCACAUGGCUACCGCAGGGAUGCCGGGAGUUAACUCGAAUGCUGUACAAUACGUACGACGUGCCCUGCUGCCUUCACAAUCAAAUCCCGAGGCGGCUGCCACCUUUGCCAAGAUGAUCCAAUCUUCGCUCAAAAGCUGGUUCACGCAGUUUAACUUCUUCCUGCACAAUCUGGCUCAGAUGCGAUUCACCGCCGAUGAGGGAACCGGAGAGCUGCUCUCGUUUGUGCCAAGGAAAUAUACAAUGCAGCAGGAUGGUCGCCUGAAGAUUGUAAAGGUGGUCUGCUUCCAGAAGCACUACAGCAUGGAAAAGUUCUAUAUGUACAUUCUGGAAGUGACGCGACAUGGACAGCCAGAUCCAACCCACUUGUUCCGAUCAUACCGCGAAUUCACCGAGUUUCAUCAGAAGUUAUGCAUACACUUUCCCCUGGUCAAACUGCACAGUCUACCGGCUGGCGUGCAUGUGGGGCGUUCCAAUAUCAAAUCUGUAGCAGAAAAACGACUACCUCUUAUACAGAGAUUUUUGAAAUCGCUGUUUGAUGCGUCUGAGGAAAUAGCUCAUUCCGAGCUUGUGUAUACAUUCUUCCAUCCGUUGCUGCGCGAUCAGCAGGAGGCGAAAUUGGGGAUGCCGAAGAUAAAGGAGGUGAAGCGACAACCGUCGCGGGAUAAUCCCAACGAGAUUGGCCAAAUUCGACUAUCGCUGCAAUAUCAACGCGGCUCACUUACUGUGAUGAUACACCACGCCAAAGGGCUGCCUAUGCUUCAGGGCGGUCAGGAGCCCAACACGUAUGUUAAGUGCUACCUAAAACCAGAUCCCAAAAAGGAGACCAAACGCAAGACCAAAGUGGUGCGAAAGACCUGUGUGCCUAGUUUCAUGGAAACGUUGGAGUACCGCAUGCCCCUAAAUAUUAUUCAAGAACGCCGUCUGCAGGUCACCGUCUGGUCACACGACACGCUGCAGGAAAACGAGCUGCUCGGAGGGUUCGAGUUGGAUUUAUCGAAGCACGAUCUGCGGCAGGAGCUCUGCGAUUGGCAUCGCCUGGGAUCGGUGCCCAGGAACUGACCAGAUCCGAGAGAGGCGCUCUGAACCACUUGGAACACUCUGCCUACCGACAAUCAGGCCUAGGAUUAUGCAAUACUAAUAUAUGUUUGUGCCUGUCUUCUCUUGAUCGCAAUAAUACUUACUUACUCGAAGUGAUUGUACAUUCCAUAUACAAAAAUUAUAUAUAACUUAACUGACAGUAGAGAAGUGUUAUUUCUUUCAAUAUGUGCCUCAGAUGUAAAUAUUUUAUAACUACCACACAACAAAUUCUUUGAACAUUUAAAUUAUAAACUCUAAAGUUUAACUUUUGCACCUGUUUCCUGCUUUUUUUUAAAUUUUUAAUUAGAUAAUAUUUAAAAUCAAUAAAUAAAGUUUUAAUGGCACUUUGGGAAUUCAGAAAAUUGAUUAUAUUGGUAGUUGUUAGUUCGAAACAUUCUGUUGUAGGUAAAUGUUCUUUUGGAGUAGUUAAAUUAAAUUUCAGUAUUAUGGCUUAAAAUCUAUUUUCGCAAUAGAGCUAUUAGAGAUUAUAGAAAACCCAUAUACUUCAAGUACUUUAAUUCAGUUUAUUAUUCAAAUUCUAUUUGACACUAAAAAUUAAAUUAAAUUGCACAGAAAAAUGUUAUUUUAAAAUUUUACAAAAAAAUUAAAAAUUAAAUACAAAUUUUAAAUUUCUAUGUGUAUUUUGGUAUGGAGCAGAAACUGCAUUACGCACAUACAAAAUCGGAAAAUCAAAAAAAAAUGUUUACUCUUUACUCACCUGCUUUCAAUAUGUCAAUAAGAUUGCACCUUUGGCAAGCGUCUAUGUUUGGGUCUUAACUUAACUCCUAACUACUUACAACAAAUUUACAAAGAUAAUAGUAAAUAACUAUCAGAGAGAACAAGUACUAAAAGUGUCUUAACAAAUUAAACGAAUAUUGACAAAUAUGAAUAAGAGCAUACACAGCAAUCUACAGAUUAUAUUUUUAUAAAAAAAAACAUCAUUUAAAAGCUACAUCUGCCUGAUAAAUCUGUAAUGUAUCUAAUGUUUUUAUAAAAAAAUUAUAAGUCUAAGAACAAAAUUAACAUUUUUCUGUAAGUCCUGACGAAUUGUAAAAUUUUUAAUCUGAUGUAAUAAUCAUUUUUGGCACAAAUAUAUUAGCAUAACAAAUUAAUAAA